UCCUCUGUCAAGUAGCAGGAAGUGAAAAGGGGGAAAUGUCACCUCUCUGACCCAUCACCCAAAGCAAAACGGAGUGAUUUCUCAUUGUUUUAUAGACUGCAAGAAGAGAACAUCUCAGAAGAGAGUCUCUUCCUGAAAUCGAAGGAUUUAAAGAAAAAGGGAAUUUUUCUUCAGCAAGUUGUGAAACUAUAUCCACAACCUUUGAAGCCCGGAAACACUAUCCAAACUCUCGUCAGUGUGUUUUCUCACUGGAGAAUCCUCUACGUGUGGCAACUGGAUUGUCAUCAGCCCUGCCUGUUUUGUACCUGGAAAGUGCCCUGGUCUUACUUAGCUCCAAAUUGUUGGCUUUCACUUUUGACCCCAAGCAUCUGAAGCCAUGGGCCACACAUGGAGGCCGGGAACAUCACCAUCCAAGGGGUCAUACUCCAUGUUCUUUCUUCUCUUGGUGCUGUUUGUUCUUUUUUACAUCGGUUCAGGUACUACCCAGGUGACCAAGGGAGUUAAAGAAGUGGCAACGCUGUCCUGUGGUCACAAUGUUUCUGUUGAAGAGCUGGCACAAACUCGCAUCUACUGGCAAAAGGAGAAGCAAAUGGUGCUGACUAUGAUGUCUGGGGACAUGAAUAUAUGGCCCAAGUACAAGAACCGGACCAUCUUCGAUAUCACUAAUAACCUAUCCAUUGUGAUCCUGGCUCUGCGCCCAUCUGAUGAGGGCACAUACGAGUGUGUUGUUCUGAAGUAUGAAAAAGAUGCUUUCAAGCGGGAACACCUGGCUGAAGUGAUGCUAUCGGUCAAAGCUGACUUCCCUAUACCUAGUAUAACUGACUUUGAAAUCCCGACUUCUACUGACAUUAGAAGGCUAAUUUGCUCAACCUCUGGAGGUUUUCCAGAGCCUCACCUCUCCUGGUUGGAAAAUGGAGAAGAAUUAAAAGCUGUCAACACAUCAGUUUCCCAAGACCCUGAAACUGAGCUCUAUACUAUUAGCAGCAAACUGGAUUUCAAUAUGACAACCAACCACAGCUUCAUGUGUCUCAUUAAGUAUGGACAUUUAAAAGUGAAUCAGACCUUCAACUGGAGAACACCCAAGCAAGAGCAUUUUCCUGAUACCUCGCUCCCAUUCUGGGCCAUUACGCUAAUAUCAGUAAAUGGAAUUUUUGUGCUUUGCUGCCUGACCUACUGCUUUGCCCCAAGAUGCAGAGAGAGAAGGAGGAAUGAGAGACUGAGAAGGGAAAGUGUACGCCCUAUAUAACAGGAUCCGCAGAAGCAAGAGGUUGAAAAAAACAUCUGAAGGUCCCACCUUCGCUUGCAAUUGACCCCUUCUGGGAACUUCUUCAGAGGGCCAGGAUUACCCCACCUUGACCUUUAUGUAUCUAUUCUUAGGUGUUUCUUCACUUCAGUUACUUUGCAGGAAGUGUCUAGAGGAAGGCGGUGGGCAAAGAAGUAGCUCUGGUGACCUUGAUAAAGGGGUUUUGAAAUGUGGAAUUCUUGAGUUCUGGAAGGGACUUUAGAGAAUAGCAGUGUCAUUAAUGACAAAGGCACUGAGGCCCAGGACAACCACAAUUAUAAAGGCCAGAGCCAGAAACCAGAUUUCCUAACUCUGGUGCUCUUUCCCUUCAUCAGUUUGACUCUGGCCUGUUAACUGGUGUAUACAUAUAUAUGUCAGGCAAAAUGCUGCUGGAAGUAGAAUUUGUCCAGUAUCAGGUCAACUUCAGAAACUUAAUCUGAUUUCAUGUUGUGGUUUACAAAAGUUCAAUAUCAUGCAUAGGUAGUAUGGCAUGAACAUCUUUAGGAUAAUGGAAAUAUUACUGGUGUUCAGCCAGUAUUCCAUUUCUCAUUGUGUUCUCUAUUGUUGCUCUCUCACUCCCCCAUGAGGUACAAAGAAAGUAGAACUAUCCAAAACUAAUCUCUGAUAUUUAACAUGAAUGAUUUAUGUACCUCAAAGCAGUAGUCAAGGAGGAAAGGGAUGUUCCAAAGACUUAAAAUCAAUUGGUUCAUAUUGGACUGAUAAUCUCUUUAAAUGGCUUUAUGCUAUUUUGACCUCAUUUGUAAUUUAUGAGAAAGUUCUCAUUCAAAAUGAGUUCUUUAUGUACUGUGUAUGCACUAAACAGUAAGCUAUUUUCCAAUAUCUAAGGUAGUAACUUUCCACAGAGUCUCCUUAGAUCCCUAAGAUGGCUUUUCCUCGGUAUUUCUGGGUCUUUCUGACCUCAGCGGAGAACUGGAAAGACAUAUUGUCAGGCCUCCGUGUGGAAGCCUGGACCCAGAAAGUCUGAAGUCCUGCCUGCCUCAGCUGACCGUCCCCCCACCUGCCACCCCUCACCUAUGUAAUACCCCUGCCCCCUCUCCAAAAGAUUUGCCCCAACCUAUAAAACCAACCCCUAUCCCACUGCCCUUCACUGACACCCUUUUCAGCUUCAGCCCCCCAGAGGAAUAAACAACCAUGUUGCUCACACAACGCCUGUAUAGGGGAUCUCUUCAUUGAAAGUGCGUGUUUUAACACAUA